AUCGAUGAUCAUCAUUCUCUCACGAAAAUUCUCAAUGAUCAGAGCGUGUAUAUAUACAUAUAUAGAGUACAGUUCAAGUUAGAUAAUAAGGAACAAUGGCCUUCAAAAGCAAGGCUGUUGAAUCAGAUGAAGAGAUUUAUGCAUCUCUAGGACUAGAGGUGGAUGAAUAUGAUCAAAAGGGUCCUUCAGGAAUUCCCCGAGUUAUUUUAGUUCUUUCUUCUGUUCUGCAGAGAAUCAUUUACAGAAACGAGAAAUCAUUAAAGGUGUCAAAGAAGAAGGAUACAGUAACCAUCUUCCAUGGUUUGAGAGCACCAAACUUAAGCAUUCAACAGUAUAUUGAACGCAUUUUCAAGUACAGUUGCUGCAGCCCUUCUUGCUUUGUUGUUGCCUACAUAUACCUCGAAAGAUUCACUCAACGAACCAACGCUUAUCUUACAACCCUCAACGCUCACCGGCUUCUGAUCACAACAAUCAUGGUUGCUGCAAAGUUCAUGGAUGAUGACUGUUACGACAAUGCCUACUAUGCCAAAGUGGGAGGAGUGAGCACAGCAGAAAUGAACAGGUUGGAGAUGAAGUUCUUGUUCACUAUAGAUUUCAGACUCCAUGUAACUGCAGAAGACUUUCGGAAAUACUCUCUGCAGCUUCAAAAGGAAGGCCUUGGAGACUACCGAAUUGACCGCCCCAAGAUGAAAUGAAAUCUGGCCAAACAUUUAUGGAUGAGAACAAAUGUGCGCCCUGAUUUGCAGGUUCUGUUUGCAAAAAGGCAUAUCUUUAUACACAUUGUUUUCCUUAUGUAUGUGUGUGCGUACACACUGACUCACAUAUCCUUGCUUAUGUGGGAAGAAAUUAGCAAGAAGUUUGGCUCCUACAUGAGGUGAUAAAGCAUUUAAAAAUAAAAAAUAAAGAAGAUCAAAUAAUUCACAACGAAACAAAAAUGAAUAAAU